GCACUCCGCUCCCGGUGCGCCGCAGGCCGGGACACCCAGGACCCAGAACGGGCCGAACCUGGGACACCGGGGACUCUAAGCGCCCCCGUCCUAGGAGCAUCGCCAAACUGGGAGAACCCCGGACCCGGAGGAGAAGCCAGACUCAGAAGAAUCUUGACCGGAGCAAACCCGGACGCGGAGCAUCCCAGACCCAGGACACGUCCCCCGGCCGCGGAACUGGAGCAGAGAGCAACCCACUCGCAGCUGAGUUCUGCCAGACUCUUUCUCUGUCUUCGCGUUCCUUUCCUUUUUUCUUUUCUUUUUCAGCCUUUCCUGUUUAAUUACACUUGCGGCUCCUCCUUUCUUCUUUCACGGUGGGAGAAAGGCAGCAGGUAUUGUUUCUCGCCUGCCUCCGUCGUCUGAACCGUGUGGCGGAAGGCCCCGCUCCAGCCUCGGGACCCCUUCUGAAGAGAAACCGUUUGAAGCAGAAUCCUAAACAUGCAUUGUAGAGAAAUACCCCUGACAGUUUGGGUACUUAUGUUUAUAAGCGCCUCAGAAGAAACUUGUACCUCACGUCUUCAUAUUACCGCAGUCGAAGGGGAACCUUUCUAUCUGAAAUAUUGCUCGUCUUCACCGGAGCAUGAGAAAAAAACAACCACCAUAAAAUGGUACAAAAAUGAAUCACAUGGACCUGUUGACCUGAACUUGAGCAGUUCACCCAGAAUUCUUUUGCGUGGUUAUGUUUUGGAGUUUUGGCCAGUGGAGUUGACUGACAGUGGAUCUUACUCCUUCCAAAUGGGAAAUGAUACUCAUGGCUGGAAAUUAAAUGUCAUCCCAAGAAGUAAACAUAGCUGUUUUACUGAGAAAGUGGUAACGAGUAAAGCUGUGGAAGUUAAGAAAUCUUUGCAGAUAGCCUGUGAACACAAUUACUAUCAACAACUGGUCAACAGAACGGUAUUGUAUAAGAACUGUACAAAGAUGGAGAACAAUCAAAACCCAUUUUUAAAGAAUGCAGAGUUUAAAGAUCAGGGAUAUUAUACCUGCAUGUUUUUCCUACAUCAUAAUGGAAAACUAUUCAACGUCACCAAAACCUUCAAUAUUACAAUAGUUGGAGACCACAGUAAUAUAAUUCCAGCUCUUCUUGGACCAAAGAUCAAUGAAGUUAAAGUGAAAUUAGGAAAAGAUAUACAGCUCAACUGCUCUGCUUUGCUGAAUGAAAAUGAUGUGAUUUACUGGAACACCUGGAGAAAAAAUGGAGAGGAUCCUAAUGUACAUGAAGGGGAAGUGACGAGAAUUAGGACUUCAGAAGGCAAAUGGCUUGCUUCCAUAAUACUGAGGAUUGAGAACAUAAAUACAAGAAAUCUAAACUUUGCAUACAAUUGCACUGCGGCCAACCAGGGAGGCAUCGAUACCAAAAGCUUCCUCUUGCUGGUAGAAGAAGACAUGGUUGACAUCCCCGGCCACGUCUUCACUAGAGGAAUGAUCGUAGCUGUCGUGAUCUCAGUGGUGGCUGUUUGCCUUGUGACCGUGGGUGUCAUUUAUAGAGUUGACUUGGUUCUAUUUUAUAGACAUUUCAUGGGAAGAGACGAAACCUUAACAGAUGGAAAAACAUAUGACGCCUUUGUGUCCUACCUGAAAGAAUGUCAGCCUGAACACGGGGAGGAGCACGCGUUUGCUGUGGAGACUUUGCCCAGGGUGCUGGAGAAACAUUUUGGGUAUAAGUUAUGCAUAUUUGAAAGAGAUGUGGUUCCUGGAGGAGCUGUUGUUGAUGAAAUCCAUUCAUUGAUAGAGAAAAGCCGAAGGCUGAUCAUCGUUCUCAGUAAAAGUUAUAUGUCUAGUGAAGUCAGGUAUGAACUUGAAAGUGGACUCCAUGAAGCACUGGUGGAAAGGAAAAUUAAAAUCAUCUUAAUUGAAUUUACACCUAUCGGAGACUUUAGAUUUUUGCCUCAAUCACUGAAGCUUUUGAAAUCCCACAGAGUUCUGAAGUGGAAGGCAGAUAAGUCUCUGUCUUAUAACUCAAGGUUCUGGAAGAAUCUUCUUUAUCUGAUGCCUGCAAAAGCAGUCAAACCCUGCAGAAAUGAGUCAGAAGUCUUGCCUGUUCUUUUGAAGUCCUAAUCUUCAGAAAAGCUGAGCGGAAGAAAGAGCUCUUGGCAGUCUGAGGACUGAGUGUCUGAGCCUGUGGAUAACAGAGGGCAUUAUUUAAAUAUUUAACUCUACUCUGGGAAUGUCUUACUCACAGACUGAAGAUGAACUUGGCAUUUAGGUUGCCGGGGAUAAGCCUAAACAUUCCUCUAUGGCUGCGGACUUACACUGUGUGUGUACUUAGUUGCUUAGUCUUGUCUGACUCUUUGUGACCCCGUGGACUGUAGCUCACCAGGCUCCUCUGUCCAUGGGGAUUCUCUAGGCAAGGAUAUGGAGUAGGGUGCCAUGCCCUCCUCCAGGGGAUCUUCCCAACCCAGGGAUCGAACCCAGGUCUCCCACAUUGCUUGCAUAUUGUUUACUGUCUGAACCACUAGGGAAGCCCAAGAAUACUGGAGUGGGUAUCCUAUCCCUUCUCCAGGGCAACUUCCCAACCCAGGAAUCAAAGCAGGUUCUUCUCUAUUGCAGGCAGAUUCUUUACCAACUGAGACACCAGGGAAGUCCCUGGGCUCCCAGAAGACUGGGGAACUCAACAGAAAUGUGUCUCCUGCUUCUCCUUCUGUAACUGGAUGCAGGCAGUCUGCUCAGUCACAUAUUCAGCAACUGUGAGGUCGGUUGUUGUUCAGUUGCUCAUUCGUGUCUGGUUCUUUGCAACCCCAUGGACUGUAGCCCACUAGGCCUCCCUGUGUUUCACUAUCUCCUGGAGUUUGCUCAGACUCAUGUCCAUUGGAUCAAUGAUGCUGUCCAACCAUCUCAUCUUCUGAUGUGAGGCUGGACACGGUGCAAAUAACUUAUGCCUUAAAAUAAGGGCAUGUUUUAAGAGCUUUUUAAUGCUAAAAGUUGAGCUAAAGGAUUUUAAGUUUACCUUGUGGUAUUGUCUAUGAGCCAGUGGGUGACACAGGAACCGGAAUGGUGUCUCCAAGCUCUUGCAAGAGCUCAGCUCAGUUCAGUUCAGUCCAGUCGCUCAGUCGUGUCCGACUCUUUGCGACCCCAUGAAUCGCAGCACGCCAGGCCUCCCUGUCCACCACCAACUCCCGGAGUUUACUCAAACACAUGUCCAUCGAGUCGGUGAUGCCAUCCAACCAUCUCAUCCUCUGUCGUCCCCUUCUCCUCCUGCCCCCAAUCCCUCCCAGCAUCAGGGUCUUUUCCUAUGAGUCAACUCUUCGCAUGAGGUGGACAAAGUAUUGGAGUAUCAGCUUCAGCAUCAGUCCUUCCAAUGAACACCCAGGACCGAUCUCCUUUAGGAUGGACUGGUUGGAUCUCCCUACAGUCCAAGGGACUCUCAAGAGUCUUCUCCAACACCACAGUUCAAAAGCAUCAAUUCUUCGGUGCUCAGCUUUCUUCACAGUCCAGCUCUCACAUCCAUACAUGACCACUGGAAAAACCAUAGCCUCACCUCUAAACACCUCAGUGCCUGGGAUUUGGUGGGGGUGGGGCUGCAGGGCUAUGUGCAGGGCAGGGUGUGAGGUAUGAGUAUUGAAACAGUGUUUCAACCUCAGGGCAUCCUUAAUUAUUCUUGCUACUGUUGCAGGCCUACAGUUCUUGAAAUCCCACUAAGAUGCUACAGAGGGCUUGCUUACUUAGACCUAUUUGUGGAAACUUCUUAAAAGGAAAUGAGAACAACCUUUUAUGCCAGACACAAAUCAUUUUCUGGGUUUUUUAAAAAACAGCCUCAGACAUUUCAUGAUUUUUAAAUGUUUAGACAAGGGAUAGGGACCAGAUCAAAUUAGUUAUUCAGCAGCCAAAAAAUUGAUGGUUACUUUCUCGAUUUUUUUUUUUAACUUUUAUUUUAUAUUGGGGUAUAGCUGGUUAACAAUGUUGUGAUAGAUUCAGGUGGACAGCAAAGGGACUCAGCUAUACACACACGUAUCCAUUCUCCCCGAAACUCACCUCCCUUCCAGGCUAACAUAACACAUAAUGUUACAUAACACUGAGCAGAGUUUGCUGUGCUAUCCAGUAGGACCUUGUUGGUUAUGCAUUUUAAAUAUACUUGCUCAAUUUUUAAAAGGUUACAAAUCUAAAAUGCCCCUCAGCUCAGCAGUAAAAUAAAUCAGCCUGCCAAUUUACUUGAUCCCUGGCAGGAUCGAACCUGCCAGGGAGACGCAGGUUCUGGCCCUGGGUUGAGAAGAUACCCCGGAGAAAGAAAUGGCAACCCACUCCAGAAUUCUUGCUGGGAAAUCCCACGAACAGAGGAGUCCAGUGGGCUGCAUUCAAUGGGGUCUCAAAGAGACCAGACUGAGCACACACGCAGAGACAUCGGAUGGAGGGACAUGCACGGGAGUGUGCAGCCAAGACCCUUGAACUGGAUCCUGGGUUUACUAUGACUGUGACCUCUGGCGUCUCCUCUAACUCACCUGUGAUGAGUUUUCCUCAUCAGUAAAAUUAGAAUUUAUAAGAGUUGUACAGGGGGACUAGAUGAAUCAGUAUAAACGGAGCACUUCCAUCAGUUACUGGCACAGAAUUAACACUCUGUAAGUGUUGGCAGUGCCACUUUUGUCGUUACCAGUUGUUGCUUUUCAGUUGCUACAUCAUGCUUGACUCUCUGGGACCCCAUGGACUGCAGCUUGCCAGGCUUCCCUGUCCUUCGCUGUCUCCCCGAGUUUGCUCAAAUUCAGGUCCAUUGAGUCAGUGACUUGAGGAUAUUCGUUUAUUCAGAGAAGCAUAGAGGAGAAGCAUAUCCUUAGGGCAGAGGAUAUUUCUGCACUGGACAAUGUGCAACUUUCAAUGUCUAAAGACAUAUAUCUGUCUCCUUAAAGCGAACCGAGUACUCUGGGCCUUCCUGAUGGCCUUAGUGGUAAUGGCUGGACCUGAAAAUCAGUGAGAGAGUGAGAGCUACCAGCCUUACAGAGAAAGGAAAGAGCUGGGUAAGCUUGGAAGCCUAGUUAGGAUAUAUGGGUGCAGUAUGACUGUUCCAAAAAAGUUUAAAGCAGAUACUGUUUAAAACAGCUGUGGUACCACUGUAUAUAAAAUAGAUAAUCAGCUAGGACCUACAGUACAGUCCGGGAAACUAUUCAAUAUCCUGUAAUGACCUAUGUGGGAGAAGAAUCCGGAAAAGAAUGGAUAUAUGGAUAUGGAUACAUGAAUCACUUUGCUGUAUGUCUGAAACUAACACAACAUCGUAAAUCAACGACGCUCCAACAUAAAACAAAAAAUUUACAAAAUAAAAGGCAACUUAAAUAAUAGAACAGCUGUGGCAGAUACUACUGAAAAUCAAAAAUAAGAUUUUCAGUAUAAGAAAGUGAUCUAACUUUUGUAGCACUUACAACUUUGCAUGCCAGUUGUAUGGUUUAAAAAGUAAGAGGAUUUAAUUACUAAGAAGAUUUAUAUGUGAAAAUAUAUGGUCAUGAGAAAUUUUAUUCCUGUCAUCAUUGUCUCUAACACAUAGAGUGAUUUGCUUUUUUAUUAUGUUUCUUUAAAUACAUUAAAUGGAUUUUGUAGUAAAUGUGUUAAAUGUAUACAUUAAAUAUGUGCUUUAAAAUACAUUAACGAAUCAUUGA